GCAGUUCCUGCACUGCGCUGAAGGGUCACCAGCGACUGAAACAGACAGGAGAGAGAGAGGAGAGAGAACAGCAUGGAGCUCCACUCACCCAAAAAGAGCUGAACAAACAAGAAAGCACAGCACUGCAGUAUAGACAAGACACACAGCCCGGGACAGAGGAACAAAAGAGGCAAGAAAGAAGAGCAAGGUUUUUCAGUAGGAUACAGGUGCAGUUUGGUUAGAGGGGGUGCAACCUAGCUUGUAUACCUAAGGAUGUCCAGGAGAAGCUCUGCAGGGGAUCUGGUGCCCAAAGACAUUACCGAGAUCCUCGCCCUGCAGGCCAGUUUGAAGAAACGAGGCUCAUCCCUGGGCCGGGCAUUCAGUUGGUUCAAAGGCAGCAAGCGCAAGAGGAGUCUUAGCAAUGGGCAAAGCAGGACAGGAGGUCCAUGUGGACGAAACGGAGAAAGCACUGCAACCAAUCAGAUUCAUGACAGUGGUGAGCCAUGUAAAGCAGGGCAAAAGCAGGAUGAUCAGAAAAAGCUGAGUGUACACUAUACAGCGUCUCAGCACCACCAGGACAAUGUGUUCAUUGAGGGCUGUAGGCCUCAGUACCUGGAGGACUUACAUACUGAGGCCCGGGAAGGACUGAAGAUCUUACAGCAGGAGGAGUCUUUCUUUCCUGCAGAGCACAGAAAUGGGCUGGAUUUUCAGGAUGAUCAGAGUUUGCCAGAAGAUGCCAGCUCGAGAGAUAGAGAUGAAUCAUUGGAGACUAACAGCACUGCUGGAAACUCAAUCAUCUCAGCGUCUUCUGCCUCAGCAGUGUCCUCUCGUCCAGUGCUUACACGGCAAGGUUCCACAUUUAAGCCCUUAAAUCCAGUUAAAAGGUUGGACAGGACAAAGAGGAGAAGUAGAAGAACAACUAUUAUGGGCAUACCACAGCAAGUCCAAAAAGAACUGGAUAUGGCAAGAGGAACCAUACAACAGCUUCCAAACGGAGGACAAUUCAGUGAAGAUGAUUCAUCUGGCAGAAUUGUGAUCCCAACAAUUGAUGGAGAACCUCCUUCAGGACAUCAUGAAGGGGCUCGUGUACACCUGCAAAAUAUUGAGGCUCUUCAGACAUCGAGAGAUGAGGAGCUUCUAAUACAACACAUCCAGUCUGUCUAUCAAGAUGACAUGUCAGUAAGCCGAAAGCUGGGAAAACCAAUAUGCCCAUUGCAGAGGCCUAAAUCUCUGGCUGUGCCAGGCAUGAUCACUUCCACUUUACUACAGGAGCCUCAAGGUCCUGUCAUGUCCAUCUCACCACAAGCAACAUAUUUAUCCAAGAUCAUUCCAAAUGCAGUUCUGCCCGCUGCAAUAGACAUAAUUGAAAUUAAUCACGGUCCCUGCCAGCAUAGCGUCAGUGCGAUUAGCAAAGGAAGCUCAACAGCUAGCCCAGCUUCUUCACGGUCGGGAGGUAGAAGAAGUGAAGGUCCAAAUAGCACCAGCCGCACGCGAAGCCAUUCACGAUCAUCAGAGACUGUUGUCUCCAACUCCUCAACAAUCUCUUCAAGAGAAAAUGGUUCACCAGUAUGUGUUGCUGACAACACCAAAGAAGUCUUAAAUGUAGACCCAAAGGACAUACGUGCUACAAGCUCAAACAGUAAUAUAAGUACUAAGCAGAGAGUGGAGCACAAGGCAUCGAGUGAUGCAGAAGAAAACAUCAGAAGCAGUAGUCCGUGCUCUCGUAGCCUCUCUGUUAUGAAGACAAAACUACCACCAGCACCACCACAGAGAACCUAUUCUCUGCACCAUGAGAAACUCAAACGGAGAUCAAAGGACUGUGUAAAUGGAAAGGAUUUCAAAGAUAUGGCACCAAACAAUAGACAGAAUUUAUCAAAAGGCUUAGAGUCAUCUCUGAAGUCCAGUCCAGUCAGUCCAGACCAGGCUUUUACCGGAUGUCAAGCUGCAUCAAGUAGUUCAUCUCCACAGAAAAUCACAUCUAGUGAAAGUAAAUUUGAUAGGACUUUGUCUCCUUCGAGUGGAUAUUCAAGUCAGAGUGGCACACCAACACAUUCCCCUAAAGAGGUCAGUCCCUCCUCACCUGGAAAUAGGAGCGCUAAGCCUUCAAGAUGUACAGGAGUACAGACCUCCCCAGUGGUCUCAGUUUCUUCAUCCAUGACGUCUCUGUCUUCAGUUACUUCAGACACCACACAUCAUGAUAUGCAAACUAAUACCACUCCAUCAGAGCCACUAAAGCUCUUCCCUCCUGUUAUAAUAGCACAAAAUAAAUCAACAUCCCCACAGCAAACAAUCACCCUCAGGGACCGGUUUAACAUUCCACCUCCACCUAAGGUAAAGGCCCCCUCUCCCCCACCUCCUGAAACCUGGAUUCACAAUAAACACACAUUUGAACUGUUAUGUGGCCCAGGUCCAAACCUCUGUAGGUUACAUCAACUUCAAAAGCAACAGAAAGAGACAUUCACUGGUGAUACUCCAAACACAGAUUUGAGGCAUAAUGUUACGCAAAUCAUCCCAGAAAUACAGACGUCAGAAGAAACAAGCGUUGUGUCUCAACUAGAGACCAAAGAAUUUGUAUUGGAAGAGCAAAAUGAGACAGUGCUACAACAAGUGCAUGAACAAAUUAUGGCAGAACGUCCAGCAACAAGAUCAACAUUACAUAAUGAACCAAGUAAACAAGAAGAUCCAGAAAUUCAUGGCAAGGCAAGUAAAAAUGUUCAGACAAAAGAUCAGAGAAAUGUAGAGGACCAAAAAGAACAAGGUAUUCAAACAAAUCCUAAUAAGAAGGUACCAACUAUUGAAGUUGAUCAACCAAACUCCAAAGUGAAUACUUCAACUGCAAAGUGUUACAAAACUGAAGCAGAGAACCAAAGAGACUGCACCGUAAAGGACAUUAGUAAUCGAAAAUCUAUGCAAACUCUAAGUAUAGAAGUACAUGAGGUCAGUGGCAUUUCUCCACCCUCUUCUCCACCUCCAGCACAUCACCCACCACCACCACCCACUAAACAAUUGUCAUCCUCUAGAGUGUCCAUUCUAGCCCCCGAUGAGGAGAAACAUAGACAGGAGACAGAGGUAGAAUUUGCAUCUCUGGAAUCUUCUUGGCCUCCACCACCACCACCCAUAGAUGGUUCAGCUGACUUGAUUUUUGAGGAUCAAUAUGAACCUGAAUUUCCCCCACCACCUCCUUCAUUUAUCCAUGAGCCACUCUCUGAUAAUGGUCUUGAAGAAUCAUGUGAAGAGAAAAUCAACUCAGUCUGUGAUACGGGCAGUGGUUUAGAGAAAACAAUUACCAUUCUGCCAAAAAGAACUCUACUAAACAGUACGGUUAUGGAAGUCAGGCAAUAUGACAAGCCAAAAUCUUGCACCAACAUCUUACAAUUACCUGUGGACCAAGCUGACUCUUCUGAAAAGUCUAUACAUUCACAAGAUGAACAUCAACCAAAGCCAACUACGUCAGCACAAGAUUCAUCCGAGCAAGCUUCACCUGAUCUCCAGGCAGAGUCUAAUAUUGUGCCUCUUGCACCUCCAUUGCCAGUGGAAGACCUAUCUACUGUCAACAUCAUAAGGCAACCAAAUCCAGUAAACAAAGACGACAGAAGCAAAGAACUGCUUUGUCGACACAAGAACACACCAGUUCCAAAAGAAGAUGCCAACAUUCCCCUUGUCACACCUUCUUUACUUCAGAUGGUGAGACUACGAGCUGUAAAUCUUGAAGAUCAAGUAAACGAUGAUAGCAGAACAGGUACUGAGGACACAACAAAAAAGGAUCAGCAAAUCGCUAAUAACACUACACCCCAAAAGCCUAUUCGCAAAUCCUUGACUUUAAAAUCGAACCAACUCACAACCUCUACCACGGUCACAGCCCCUUCCAUGUGUCUACAAGAGGCCAUACGUAUGAAGACCGCUGCCCUGUCAUCUGGUGGAGUACCAGCAAUGCUUAAUUCACGCUCAACUGCUAGCACCGGUUUACCAUUGCCCAAGUCUCCUGCGUCAACAGCCAGUUUUAUCUUCUCCAAGAGUACAAAAAAAGUCAUCCUUGAAACACCUACAUCUCCCGGCACCCAGUCAGAGAUAAUUCAGAUUUCCGACCAAGCCAAGAUGAUGAUUACAAACGGCACAAAAAAGCCAAUUAAGGUCCCACCACCUGUUGCUAAGAAACCAGUGCAUGGACUAAAUCCCCAUAACAAGCCAGAGAUCACAUCAAGAGAUAAGACAGAGAGCUUGACAAGUGAACAAAUAGUAAGAGUAAAUGGUGAUGCAGUGCAUCCUGCUGGUCGGUGCGCACAAGCAUCAAUGAGCCCAAGAUGAAGCAAGAAGCGCAAAGAGGGGACGCGUGAUGUGUUUGAAGACAAAGCAAGUGAGAUUUAGAUUAGGGAUCCACAGGUACCAUACCUGUCUUAAAAGCCUUAGCCUGGAAAUGGCCUUCAAAUGUAUGCAAAAAGUUUUCCUCCGUAACCCGUUUGAUAUAAUAGCUUUGUUACAGCUAUUUUUCUAAAUGUUAAAUUGUCUGCUUUGAGAAGUCACUUUGAGUUUAUGAUGGAUGUGCUUAUGGACUUUGUACAUUUUCAACAGCUAUGACCGCAAGACUGAAGCGACAUCUAGUGGUCGCUAUUGUGCAUCUGUGUGCAAAAAUAUAAAACCCUGUAUUAUCAUUUCUUGACAUCAAGUAUUAGGGAUCCACUGAAAUAUCAACCUAUAGUCGAUAUUGGCAGAUUAGAGGGAUUUUUUUCUUUAUGGGACAUAGGUCAAUUGUUUAAAAUUAGCCAAUGAUCCCAUCAGAUUAUAUCCUCAUCAUCAUUUGAAACAAGGAGUUAAAAGCAAAACUAUCGGUAUCGGUAGAUAUCAUUCUAAGUAAUCGAAUAUAGGUAUCGGCACAUACAUUUUGUAUCUGUGCAUCCCUACCAAAUAUCCUUUAUAUGGUUCCUCAAGCACACCGAUUCUAGCUUUAAAUCAAAGAAAGUUGAUUGUACUAACAAUUUUGAACAUUUUGUGCUACUGCAAUUGACACUUUCAGAAAUUGCUUCUAGCAAAUAUAUAAUUUCACAUGUACAGAACUAUCAAGUUAAGUUCAAAACUGAGAACACGAUAUAGACACAAUACACAUUUACUGUCCAUUAGAUAAAAGCACUUUGUGAGCUAAAAUGCUGCAUUACUUUCUGUUUGAACCAGCGAGCAGUGAAAGUAUACUGAUGACUGAUGGUCCCUCUAGGACUGAUGUAAAAUAUAUAGUAUAUAUAUAUAUAUAAACACUUUAGUAGCUGUUCACUUUAAAACAGAAGUGAAGAAAAUAAUUACACUGUUUUAAAAGAAAUAUGCAUUAAAGAUAUUUAUAGAUU